CGUUUUUUUGACAACCCCCCGAGUCCUUUGGACUGCUGCCAAGAUUCAACGAAACGUUCCGCGAAAAAAAAGAACGAAGCGGAUAUUCGCUGUCAAACCGGACUGCUCCUCACAAAAGUCUCCGUGCCGCGAGUAUCUCUAAUAGGUUGCACAAACAACCGGUGCAUCGCACAAAUACCUACACUAUCCAAACAUUCACUCUCGCUCUAUCUCCUUUUUACUCUCUUUGUGUAGCAUGGAUCCCCAAGGCACCAAGCUUCAGUCCGUUUCCAGCCAGACCGUCAGCACCAUGACGAUCGAAACCGCCGUUCCCUUAGUAAGCACGGUCCCACAGAUCCUUCCGAGUUCAACUCGCAAGACCGACGCCGGAAGCCAGCUCUUCGACAACAGCGACAACCAGAUUCGUCAGAUUAAAAGAAUGGGCACUGCCUUGGGUAUCGUUGUUGGUAUUUUCAUUCAGUUUGCUUCACUCGGGGCCAACUUCGUUCUGAUGAGUCAAACCAAGCGGAACGAGAUCGAUUCCGUAGCCAUCACUCACUCACUCUGGCAGCCCCAAGUCUUGGCCGAACACGGCAAGCAAAUCGUCGUCGCCAUGAGUUUGUCUUGGAGCUUUAUCACCAGUUCUCUCGGUGUCGCCGUCUUGUGCAUUCUGAGUGCGCUCCUCGUGGUCCCCGCCGCCUCUUUCGCCAAGACCAGCUCGUCCUCGGCGGCUCUACGUUGCCGAAUGCGUACCGCCCUGGAACGAUCCUACGCUACAGGAGCCUUGAUUGGUGUUUGUCUAUCCUGGGCCUCCACGGAUAUGGCCAUGGGCAUUCCUUCCCACGCCAUACAGUCACUCCUUACACUCGUGGCCGCCUUGGCGAUGGCCAAGCUGAUUGCCUGCUGUUUGCCGGUGGACGACGACGACAGCAAUGAUGAUGAUAUGGAACAGGGAAACGAAAAAAGGCAGUCGUUGGAUUUGGAAGAACCGCUCUUGGAAAAGGAAACCGGGACGGAGGACACUACCGUGUCGUACGCUACAAACGUAAACCUGACGACACUCCAGGGAAUUUUGAUUGGAUGUUUCGUACAAUUCAGCUCGCUAGGAGCCAACUUUUUGUUGGAGCAUUUGAGUACACCUAUCGAAGCCGCGAGCGUACAAGAACAACAUCGUUAUAUUAUGAUCUUUUCCUUGGCCUGGUCCAUUGGUACCAGUCUCUUGGGCGUCGCCGUCUGGGUAUUGACGCGUUGGAUUCUGUUGACCGCGGCCGGUGAAACCGUGGACCAGGAAUUGGCUGACGAGAGUCAUGAGGAGCAAAAUAGCGCCAAGAGUAAAAUUGUUGAAACUAUGGUGGACAUGGAAAGCUUUUACUCCACUGGUGCCAUUGCCGGUGUGAACAUGGCCUGGAUCGUUUCGGAUUGGCUGUUGGGACCACAGUUGGCGUGUUCGACUAUCUGGAACUGGGGGCUCAUUAUGGCGUCUCUGCUCUUGUGGAAGCUGUGCUUGCGAAACAAUGCUGCGUACAACGAAUAAAGGUUUUUGCGGCGCUACGCCCAAAUGCCAUGUAGUUUUCUCGUGUCUCCCUUCGAAGGAAAGCAGUUCCAGAAUCAACGUCCCUGCAUUCACUAUGAUCGGCUUUUAUGAAUAUAGUUAUAUACCAUUUCUGUCAA